GCCGCGGUCUGCGCGCGCGCACCGCCUGAUUAACGCGCGGGAAAACUUGAUUUAUCACGUCGCGUUGAAAAAAUAAAUCGGCGGGUGACCGGGACACGUGAUGGAGGGCCAGGAGUGGCGAGACGAGUGGCACCAGCCGCGUCUCAUGGAUGGUGGUUUAUCAAGUAACCAUUGCCCACGUGCGGCUUUCCUGCAGCAGUCCAUAGCGGAGCGCGUUGGCCGGGACCCUAACCAGAUACCGACUCUACCUCUCCAUCAUCCUAUUGGAGACAAUGCGGUGUGCGGUCGCAGCACCUACUCGCCGCUGCAGGCGCUCAGCGAGAGCACGUGUCGCGACCACGCCGCGCAGCCCGCGUCCCAACAUCCUCCCAUACCACAGCCCCCACGACUACAGGUGACGUCACAGAAUGUAACCCUACACCCGGCGGUCGCGCGCUGCUCAGCGACGCUCGAACUAGCGGCCCUCUGGCGCAGCUUCCACGAGCUGGGUACAGAGAUGAUAGUGACGAAAGCCGGCCGCCGCAUGUUCCCCGCACUGCAGGCGCGCCUCGCGGGGCUCCUUCCCACCGCAGACUAUCUACUGCUGGUUGACUUCGUGCCUCUCGAUGAUAAGAGAUACAGAUACGCCUUCCAUAGCUCAAGCUGGGUGGUGGCGGGUAAAGCUGACCCGGUGUCGCCGCCGCGCAUCCACGUGCACCCGGACUCACCAGCCGCGGGCGCGCACUGGAUGCGCCAGCUAGUCUCCUUCGAUAAGCUCAAGCUCACCAACAAUCAGCUUGACGACAACGGACAUAUAAUUUUGAACUCGAUGCACCGCUACCAGCCGCGUCUGCACGUGGUAUACUUGCCGGCAGAGGGCGCCCGGCCCGCGCCUUCUCCCGCCACCGUCCCGUACCGCACCUUCGUCUUCCCGGAGACCGGCUUCACCGCCGUCACUGCAUACCAGAACCAUCGGAUAACACAAUUGAAGAUAGCAAGCAAUCCUUUCGCUAAAGGAUUCCGAGACUGUGACCCUGACGACUGCCCACCGGAACAAAGUCAGCAGAGGGCAGUGGCGCGGAGGCGCGAAGCGGCGAUGCCUGAACCCUGCCCUGCGUUGGCGCAGCCCUAUGCCGCCGAGCCUAGCGCCUGCGGACCUCUUUAUGCGCACGCGCAUACUGUGCGAUAUCAACCACACGCGGGACCAAACAGUACGUAUAGCGCAUACUACGCCCACAGAUAGACUGCGGAUACCAAAGGAGUUUGUGAUAUAGUAUAUAAAAUAUCAACCAGUUGGUGUAAAAUUGGAGGGGAAAUGAGUGAGAGGAUCCUUUUAGAUGUAAAGAAUUUCAACACGGAGAGAUAGAAUGCGGAUUUCCAUUUGACGUAACCUUUCUAGUCCUAUUUACAUGUGCGACAAACUUGUGUAACCUGGUGGGCAAAAAUGGAACUAAAAUUACUUAUAAGCGCUUCACAUAUCUAAAAUUACCCUAAUAUUUUAGUCGUGUUAUCUUCCUGGCCUUAGCUACGAGGUUUUAUAAACCUUAGCGCGUGUCCCACCACUGGCAGAUAAGGAUAGCUUAAAAAUGGCUACCCUGUCAGAUACGGUAACAAAAUCCGAUA